AGAGAGAGGGAGAGAGAGAGAGAGGGAGAGACAUUCCUUCAUUUCCUCUUGGUUGAUCAUCUUCUUCGCCCUUCCUUUCUUCUUCACUCAAUUCGCGCCCAUUUCUCUGCCUCAUCGCCUCGCACAUACAUAUAUAGACAAACACGCAGACACCUACUUUUUUUCUACCUACUUUCUUUGCUAAGGGUCUAUUCCUAGCCCAAUCAUUAAGAAAUCUCUCUUAAUCUCGCAAAUCCUGUUAAACCCAUUUUAAACAUGGACGAGUUUGGAGUUUUAGUGGAGAGUAUUGGGUUCAAAACACCUGUAAAAUCUGCCCCAAUGGCCAAUUUAAAGGGGAAAACCUACCUGAACAAUGGGUUUCCCCAGAAUUUGGGCCUAAAUUCUGGUUUCAACACCAAGCCAUCUUCGAUAAACCGACCAAAAUCGGCACAGAAUUCAGAUUCUAUUAAUGGGUCUUUUGUUGAUGAUCUCGAUGGCUUUUUACGCUCAAAUAAUAGGCAAGCCACCCAGAAUUUUGGUGGCUUUGAUGAUAUAUUUGGGGGACCCAUUUCUAAUUCGAACUCGUCGGACUGUCAUGUUGGCGGUGGCAAUGGAUCUAUUUUCGAUUUGGAUUCAAUGCAUAAGGGUUCAACUAAUUCGAAUUCAAAUUCGAAGUCAAAAUUGUACGGUCAUGGUGGCGAUGAUGAUAUUUUUGGUGAAUUUACGGGGUCGAAGGGCCCGGUUUCGGGGAAUUAUGAUGAUGUAUUUGGGUCAAUGGCGUCCCCGCCAAGGCAGAGUGAUUCAGUUGAUGAUUUGCUUGGAGAUUUCGGUGGCAUGGGGUUGAAUUCUAAUGAUUCCAAGAGGAAUUCAGGGAAAGCAGAGGAGAAAGGUUCUGGGUUCGAUGGUUUGAUACCUGGGUUUGGUGGAAGCAGCCCUUCAAGUAUUGGAGAAAAAUCGGAGACAACUCGCUUUUGGCACUCGAGCGGUCAUUCAUCCAAAUCAACUUCCGCUACAGCAGAAGACCCCUUUGUAGUCUUAGAAUCAUCUUCUUCACAGUCAUAUACUUCUUCUGUGCUGUUUUCUGAUCCACUGGAUCAAGAUGCCAGACAGAGAUCAGUUCUGUCUCCAAUUGGGUUUGAAAACGACCUUGACUCAAUUUUUAGUAUGGGUGAUAAGGCAAGGUCAAGGUCUCCAACUAAGGACCCUGUGUUUGAUACACUCUUCCCAGAGAGUGGAGGAUCUGUAGUGGAACAGACUACUUCUGGGAUGCCAUCCAGCACAAAGAAGGCUGUCUCUGUAACCAAUUUUUUUGACGACUUUUCUCCCAUUUUUGGAGAAGCUACCGCUUCACAUGGGAAAUUUCAGGAAAUUGAAGGGGAAAGUGAAGAAAGACGGCGAGCAAGAUUGAACCAUCAUAUGAGGACCCACACACGCAUGGCUAAUGCACUGGCUGAAAAGAAUCAGCGUGAUCUUAAGACUCAGCGGGAGCAAGAAGAGAGGCAUAGGCUUGCUGAAACUCUUGGUGAUGAUAUCAAGCGAUGGGCUGCAGGAAAAGAAGGAAAUUUGCGUGCAUUGUUAUCAUCAUUGCAACAUGUGUUUGUUAGAAUUAUUGAAUAG